AUGUCGGCGUUUGGUGGUCAACCAAUAUUCGGCGGAACAACUAACAAUCAGACGGCAUUCGGGCAGAACUCUGCUUCGAAGCCCCUUUUCGGUAAUGCGGAAACGUUCAUAUUUCAUUGAACUUUCUUUUUCAGGGAAUACCGCUCCAUCAGGAUCCAUUUUCGGUGGCUCGGCUCAGCCAGGAAACAGCUCUCUCUUCGGGAGCUCCACGCCAGCAGCUACAGGGACAUCAGUUUUUGGAAACAGUGCGACGAACACCUCACUUUUUUCUGGAGCUUCUCAGCCAACUAGCAGCUCUUUGUUUGGUGGAACUUCCUCGGGCGCAGGUAUCUUUUUCUCGAGAGAAUUAAAGAAUUCUAUUUUCCUUCAGGGUCUCUGUUCGGAUCUACUACCGCCGCGACAGGGCCAGUCUUCGGUGGUGGCUCAUCUACCUCUACAGCAAGCGGUGGCUUGUUUGGCCAAUCGAAUCCUGCUACUUCCUCUCUUUUUGGCAAUGCAUCAGCAGCCACCACAACUGGGUCGUUAUUCGGCUCGGCAAAUCCAUCUACCACGACUACAUCGGGAUCCUUGUUUGGCAACACGGCCACGAAUAACGCAACAACUGGGGGAAUUUUCGGCGCUUCUAAUAACCCGCCUGGCUCAACGGGAACGGCUGUUUUUGGCGCUUCUACGGCUCCUAGUACUGGAAUGUUUGGAGCGCCCUCUAGUGGAGCUCCUUCUGGUAGUCUUUUUGGGAAUAAAGCUCCAGCAGCUUCCACUGGGCUCUUUGGAGCUCAGCCAUCUGCCGUUUCCGGUGGAGGUAUGUUCGGAGCAUCCGCUAAUUCUCAACCCUCUUUCUUCUCUACAGCUACGCCUGCUUCUUCGCAGCCUACAACUACUACAGGAGGCCUUUUUGGAUCUACAACGGCGCCUACAAGUGGCGGCUUGUUAGGAACACCUUCGGCAGCUACCACUUUGCUUUUCGGAGCUCCUACUUCGACAACCACAUCUGCUCCACUAUUCGGAGUUCCCUCGACGACGGCUUCCGCUUCGCUGUUUGGAGCUCCUGCUUCGACAACUUCCUCAGUUCCUCUGUUUGGAGCUACUUCUACAACAACGUCUGCUCCUCUUUUCGGAGCUCCCUCGACAACUGCCUCAGCUCCUCUGUUUGGAGCUGCUUCUACAACUACACCUGCUCCUCUCUUCGGAGCUCCGUCGACGACUGCUUCUGCUCCUCUCUUCGGUGCAACCUCAACGACUGCUGCGGCACCGGUUUUCGGAUCGGCAGCACCGACGACCACCACCACCAGCACAGCAUCUGCGGGCCUUUUUGGCUCAACUACAACUAGCCUGUCUUCUACUUCGAACACUCCCCUUUUUGGCGCCCCAACACUUACCGCUCCAGCGAAAACCGGUCUUUUUGGUUCAACUACAACGCCUGCUACAACUUCAUCCAUUGGAUCAACUACUACCGCUGGCGCACUGUUUGGGUCAGCUGCUUCUACGGCCACCUCAACUACUGGCUUGUUCUCAAAGCCGGCAACAACAUCAUCUGGGUAAGUCUCAGUGGUUGAAUAUAAUAGGGACAAAUUUUACUUAUCUACUCUAAUUAUGCGAGUCAUUAUUCGAUUUUUUUUUAAAGUUUGGGCGGCGGCCUGUUCGGAUCAACAACAACCUCUUCUCUGUUCCCAUCGAACACGGCCAGGUUCAACCAUUUUUAAAUUUUCCUCUAUUAUAUUUGUAGUACGACAACAACGACUACUACGACCACUAAUUCUCUGUUCGGAGCUACAUCCUCAGCUGCGGCAGGUAGAUGAACAGAAAUCUAUUUUAUUCUCUUAAAUUGCUUUUAAAAAAGUUAUCCUCUGCGUUUUCAAAGGAACUAACUUUGCAAUCGGUUUAAUGGGUUAACUAGGGUUCUGAAAUUGUAUUCGUAGAAGUUUAAGAAUUGAAUUAUUAGAACCUAAAAUUGGGAGUGCCGACUUUCUAAAAAUUGAUAGCUUAAUAGUGAGCUUUUCUGCCCCAAUUUGAAUCAAAAAUUCUCCCAAGAGUUGAAAAGGAGAAGAAAUAGUUUCGAUUCAGUUGGUCUCGGAGGACUGCAACAACACGCGUCUUCGGCAGGGGCGUUGACAGGUUCCGGCUCGACGUUAGCUACCGGAAGUAAAGACGGAACGAAGGAAGAGAUCGCUGCAUCCGCCGAAGUUCGCCAACUAGUGUCCACAUUAGAGUUUGUUUUUUUUUUUUGUAUUUCUUAAAUUUGAUAAUUUUCAGAGCGCAACUGAAAAGCAAUAGGGAGGCGAUGGAAACAGUACAAGCCUUCUCUUUGGACUAUCCCAAAAAUUUGGCUGACCUCGUUGAUGAUGUUGGUCAUACCUAAUAUGCUCUUUUUCAAAUUAUUCUUCCUUCAGUGUCAAACAACACUGAACAACUUCUCAAAAACUUUGAGAAGUUCUCACGCUGACUCAAAGAAAGUGAAUGCGUUGACGAUUCGCGACAAAGCUCUUCUAGAUGCGGAAAAAAAGCUGCGUGAUGUCCAGUCGUCUAAUAUGAAUCAGAAUUCCAUCUGGAACAUGAUUAAAAGGUCAGUUUAAGAAUUUUUCUACUUUUUUCAUCAUUUUUUAGACAUAUUUUUGAACUAUGCAUUGUUUACGACCGCGACUUGGCGUCUCUCCAAGAAAACGUCGAGUUUUUAAGAAAAAGACUCGAAAGACUGCUCAACUGUCAAGUUUCUUGAAGUUGUUUUCAAAGUUUAUCGCGUUUUUUGCAGACUGCGUUCUCUAUGCAAGAAAUGGACCAGCGUUUUCUUCAAACCGAUACAGUUUAUUCAACUGCCUACCGGGAGAUCGAACAGAUGUGCCGCCAAAUUGAGGUUUCCAGAUUUAUCUUUUCUUUAUCAAUUUCCUGAGUUUAGGAUUUCAAAAACAGCCUCAUCCAUGCAGGCUACACGAGUUUGAGAAGAACUUACCAAAUGCCGAGCCACUCCGUACAUCCGAAAGGUCCCGACUUCUACCCAUCUCAAGCUAGUCUGGCCGUCAUUGGGUCAACUCUUCGCGCUCCGGCCCCUCCUGCAGCCACGAGCACCGGCCUCAGUCUUGGCGGCGGUGGCCUCUUCGGCUCGACCGGAGGAACGUCGCUAUUCGGAAGCACCGCCCAGAAGCCUACUUUCGGUGGCUCCCUCUUCUCGUCGACUCCGGCUUCCACGUCCACCACGACAGCCUCGUCUCUUUUCCCUUCGUUUUCCGCUCCUAAGACCACUUCAUCCACUUCUCACAAUUCGAGCGGUUUGCUCUUCACUAGCAAUAAAUAG